AUGAAGUUCUCCUCCAGCAUCCUGACGCUGGCCGUUGCCGCGUCAGUCCAGUCGGUCCAGGCCUCUCGCCACGCCCAUGGCCAUGCUCACCACCACCGCGCCCUUGAGAAGCGCGCGGACCCGGAGGUCGUCAAGGCCUUCAUGUACAAUGGCAAGGAGCUGACCCAGCAGGAGGUCUGCGACGGCGUCCUCCAGGGUAAAUUUAACUGGUCCAACGGCGAGAACCACGACGCCCUGUGCAACUUCCCCCUUGGCUCGCAGAAGGCUGCUCCCACCACCUCCUGUCCACCCGACAGCAAGCCAACUGAGGCCUCCAAGCCUUACUCUCCUCCAGCUAUCCCUCACACCGAGAGCACUCCCUCGCAGCCAGAGGAGCCCGAGGAACCCGAGGAGCCUGAAGAGCCUAAGCCAGAGGGCCCCAAGACUCCCGUUAUCAAGAAGCCCGAUGACUCCAAGGGCGGAGAGACUCAUAUGGGCGGAGAGGGUGUCGACCUCGACUUCCCCGAUGGCGAGGUUGACUGCGAUGACUUCCCAUCCAAGUACGGUGCCAUUCACCUCGACUACCUAGGCCUCGGUGGCUACACUGGUAUCCAACACGCCACCCUCCUCGGUGAAGUCUUCGGCACCAUCCGCACCGCCAUUGCCGGCGAGUCCUGCGUUGACGGAGCCCUCUGCUCUUACGCCUGUCCUCCCGGCUACCAGAAGUCCCAGUGGCCCAAGGAGCAAGGCUCAACUGGCGAGUCCGUUGGUGGACUUGCCUGCCGCAACGGUAAACUCCACCUCACCAACCCCGGUCUGUCCAAGAAGCUCUGCAUUCCCGGUGCCGGUGGCGUCAACGUCAAGAGCACCAUGGACACUGUCGUCUCCAUCUGCAGAACCGACUACCCAGGCACUGAAUCCGAGACCGUCCCUCUCGAGCUCACUCCAAACGCCAACAUGCCCCUGACCUGCCCCAAGGCCGAGUCCUACUACUUCUGGCAGAACAAGCCCACCUCCGCCCAGUACUACGUCAACCCAGCUGGCGUCGGUAUCGACAAGGCCUGCCAAUGGGGCAAGGCCGGCACCGACCUUGGCAACUUUGCUCCUCUCAACCUUGGAGUUGGUGAGAAGGCUGGUGUCAAAUGGCUUUCCAUGUUCCCCAACAGGCCCACCACCAAUGCCAUCCUUGAGAUGACCAUCGAGAUUGUCGGAAAAAAUGUCUCUGGUAAAUGCAAGUACCAGAAUGGCAAGUAUUAUACCGACGUCGGCGUCAACGAAGAUGGUUGCACCGUCUCUGUCGUAUCAGGCGACGCAACCUUCGUCUUCUCCAACUAG